GUGUGUGUGCAUGUGUGCGCGCACGGGAGGGCAGCCUGUUGUGGCGUGCUCUUUCUCCCUGGUCUCGCAGGCUGUGGAAUCUCUCUGGAGCUCAUUCACUCCUCACCGCAGGGCCCAAGCAGUUUGACUUCCACGGCAACAAUGCGUCGGACCCCAUGAGCGCCAAAGACGCUGUCCAGGAGAGACAGCAGACGAUCUGCACGGCCUGGCCGAGCCUGGCCCCUCCUUCACGAUCAUAUAAAGAUGGCCUCACGCUGUUCCCACUCCUUUGAAGAGGCAGCCCGCGUGGACAAAGCCGAGUCAUAUAUCUCCGUGCCGAGGCGCCCUUGACGGGAGUGGGGGAGGCUGCUCCGAGCAGCUGCUCUCGGGAGAUCCCAGCACACAUCCCAUCCCUCGCGCCCUGCCCCUCCGGGAGGCUGCGAGAGUCCUCGCGUGGGAGUCUAGGACAUGCUGUGGCUCCUGCUGCUGUGUGUGUGGGCUCUGGGCGUCCUGCCCGCCGCUGAGGACUGGCCUGCCCACACCGAGCCCCGGAAAAGCUUUAGCCUUAGCAGUAACGGGGGGCGUGUGUUUCGAGAGCAGGGGGUGUGGAACUACUCCACCAUGCUGCUGAGGGAAGAUCUGGGUCUGCUCAUCUUGGGAGCUCGGGAGUCCAUCUUUGCCCUAGAGCUCACCAACAUCACCCAUAAAAUGGCGAUGGUUAAGUGGGAAGUGACCACUGAAAUGCAAGAUAAAUGUUCACGCAAAGGAAAAAAUUUGGAGAUCGAGUGUCAGAACUACAUCCGGGUUCUUCACCGCAUGAGCGAUGGAAGGAUGUAUGUGUGUGGGACCAACGCGUUCAGUCCGACCUGUGACAUCAUGUCAUAUACAAAUGACACACUGACACUGGAAAAUCAAGUGGAAGAUGGGAAGGGGAAGUGUCCUUUUGAUCCUUUUCAGAGAUACACCUCAGAACUCGUUGAUGGAGAACUGUUUUCCGCAACCUCCAUCAAUUUCCUGGGCUCCGAGCCGGUGAUGAUGCGUAGCUCCGUCGAACCUGUACGGACGGAAUUCAAGACCUCUUGGCUCAAUGAGCCCACUUUCAUUGGCAUGGAGCACAUAGCCGAAGGACAGCAAAAUCCGGAGGGGGACGAUGACAAAAUGUACCUCUUCUUCAUCGAAACCGCGGUGGAAUACGACUUCUACAACAAGCUAGAAGUGUCGCGCGUAGCGCGUGUUUGCAAGAACGAUAUGGGCGGGCAGCGGACGCUGCAGAGGAAGUGGACGUCGUUCGUGAAGGCUCGCUUGGACUGUCCUGUCCGUGACACUAGCCUCCCUUUCCUCAUACAGGAUGUGUUCCGCUUCUGUCCGGGCGACUGGCGCACUUGCGUGUUUUACGCCGUCUUCAUCCCCCAGGCGGACACCUCGUACUACUCUGCAGUGUGCGCUUAUAAAGUAUCGGACAUUAGGGAGGUUUUCUCAGAAGGCAAGUUCAAGAUUCCGGUAACUGUGGAGACCUCGUUCGUUAAGUGGGUGAUGUACAGCGGCGAACUGCCCUUCCCUCGUCCAGGAGCUUGUAUUAAUAACGAAGCCAGACAGCGGGGUUAUCAUAAGUCUCUCGAUCUGCCCGACAAAACCCUUCAGUUUAUCAGAGACAAGCCGCUCAUGGACCAGGCAGUUCAGCCGGUCACCGAUGGGCCCCUGCUGGUUAAAAAAGGAGCUGCGUUUACGCGUAUAGUCGUGGCAAAUGCAACUGCCUUGGACGGAAGCAGUCAUGAAGUCAUGUUCAUCGGGACAGAAAGCGGUUCAGUGCUGAAGGCAGUGAACUAUGAUGGUGAGAUGGUUAUAAUAGAGGAGCUACAGGUCUUUCAGCAUUCUGAGCCUAUAAAAAUACUUCGUCUCUCCAAUGAGCUGUACGCAGGCUCGGAGGUGGGGGCCGCGCAGAUACCACUGAGCUCGUGCGACCAUUACGGCUCCUGUCUGGACUGCGUGCUGGCCAGAGACCCCUACUGCGGCUGGGACCUGGCUGCUGAACGGUGCGCAGCCAUAAGCAGCGUUCACCCAGACGCACACAGUCAGGUGAUUCAAAGCCUCAGAGACGGGAACGCUACCCGCUGCCCUCCACUGGGCAGCGGGAAGGCUGCGAACGUCUCUUUCCUCCCGGGCUUCAGCGUCAAACUGCUGUGCCAGCCAGGGUCCAACCUGGCCCAGCUGCAGUGGCACGUAGACGGACACCCAAUCGUCAACUCCAACACCCACCACAUUCACCGCGACGGCCUGAUCAUCCUCAACGCCUCGGCCUCGGCCGUCGGCCGCUACACCUGCACCUCCGUGGAGUCCUCCCGCGGCAGAGACUACGUCACCCAGAACGUCGUGUACGAGCUGAGUCCGCGCGCUGGUCCGGGCGGUGCCUCGGGGGAGACGAUGUCACGCACACAGGGACGACAGCACAACCUGCUGGUCCUGGUGGUGAUGGUUGUUCUCCUGUCAUUAACACUAGCAGCGUUAGUGCUAUGGAACUUCCACAAAGGGUACUUUGCCUUACCGGAGCGCUGCAGGCAGGAACAGAGACAGUCUCGCGCCCUGGAACCACUGCAGGCUGUGGGCAGAACACCACCAGCACCCAGGGAGAGCAGCAACAGCAACCACAACAGGAGCGUUGACUGCUCGAAUACCGAGGAGAAAGACCACUUGAACCAAGCCCAUAGGUAGACGAGGCAUUCCAAUUCCGUGUAAAACGCCUCAUUCUGAGUAACCACCCCCUGCGCCGCGCAUAACACAUUUAUGGACAAGCGCGAUGGACAAAUUUGAUUACAAUUUUGCGGCAAAUAACCACAACUUGACGGCAACGACAGCAGCAAUAUUUCUGCAUGAUUCCGCUUUCAUAAAACGGGGCGCAGAAACACGAUCGUCGAGUCUUUGCGGGGUACGACAGCCCUCUGAAAGGCACACGUAUCUAGACUCCCCCGACCUUGGCUUUGGAAACACGUGCCCUGUUCCAACCUGUGGCGGGCGAGGCCACUGAGCCUGGCCCCGGGCUGCCUUGGCAGUGCCAACAGCACAUGAACAAACGCACCAAGCCUCCAGCACUCCCGGCUUCAGUCAUGCAAGCGCUAACCUUUUUAACCUUCUAACAGUGCAAUUUAAGGGCCCUUUUAGACUGAUUUAUUUUAAGGUUGCAAGAAACUGAAUUUUUAACAUUGUAAUUGCUGUGUUUUGUACAAAGCUUGAAUGAAAUUUACUUUGUUAAGAAAUAAAUAAUUUAAAAAUGCAGU